AUGAGACGACCUAAACGCUCAACUCCUCACACUACCACGCGCCUGCGAUGGAUGGAAUCUGCGUCCCCAGGUGUUCCAACCCCAAAUGACUUGCUGGUGUCCUGGCUGGAGCGCAAUGGGGAGGCAUUCCGCACGUCAAAGCGCAAGCUCAAUUUGUUGGAGCAGCUUGGGGAGGAGAUGGCGACCAACGGGAUCUACGGCUUGACGAUUAGCUCCAUCCGAUCGCAAAUUUGCCGUCUGAAAAAAGGUGUACAAAUGAGAGCUGAAGGCGGCAAAUGCACCUCUACAGAUGCCAAUCACUACUACGAUCGACUGUUGCUUCUCCUGUUUAGCGAGGAAGAGAGGAUUAGCAUGCGCGAUCGUGCUGCGGAACGAUCCACCGCUGUAAUUGAUGAAGACAAACAAGGGUCAAAUACAUCGCCACCACCUGGAAACCAUAACAGUCGACGAACUCGCUCGCGAUCAAGGGCUGAGCUGAAAGACGCGAGUGAUGUUGAGGAUCAAGGACAGGGAGCGCGACAACGUCCAGGUGCCAUUUUGCAGCCUGUUUAUUCGGUUCUGGACACGACGGAGAUCCGACGCCGCUUUGAACUGCUUUCUGCCCGCCAAGGACUCAAGCAACAAGGAGUUGACCGCGAAACCAUUGACUCGCUCCUCCCACUGCACCAAGAGUAG